AUGCACCAAAACCAGCACAACAACCAACAGUUCAAAACACUGCACCACAACCAACAGUUCAAAACACUGCACCACAACCAACAGUUCAAAACACUGCACAGCAACCAACAGUUCAAAACCCUGCACAACAACAACCACAAACAGAGCAAGGACAUAAAAGAAGUAGAGAACAAGGAAACCAAGAAUUCUUAA